CAAACGUUUACAAUGCAAUAAAUCACCUGAUUAACUCCAUUUUACGUGAUCAUAUCUGCCUAGCAGUUCGAAUUCUUUGAAACUAGCAUUCAGUCCCUGAAAAUUUUUCUAAGUAAACCACUUGACAUGGAAAUGUACAAGUUCCCUCAUAACACGUACGUUGGCUAGCUUAUAGAGAUAGAAAAUAGAAAAUAAAACAAAAUGCAACGGCAAUCUCCCUUAGUGGACCGAACGUAACCUUAAGAUGGAUCCAUACGUUUCAUCCUACUUUUUUUAUUGCAGCACUGCUGAUUACGAUGAUUAAUUUCAUAAAUUAUGAUCUCUCUGCGACAUUUGUGCAUAAACUCUAGUUGACAUUAAUCUAGUAUCAAAGCAUCCAGGAAGAUAGUCAUACAAAAACAAAGCUAGACAUCCAAGUGGUUCCCAUGCAGACAAUCAGGGAAAAAAGAGCAUCUUCCCAAGAAAUAAGAUGCAGUCAAAGAUGACUGGAGUACAAGAAGGCUUGUUUUGUUAUAGGGUCCUUCAAAGGUUGAAGUGAACCAUAUGAUCAAACCAAACGACAUGGCGGAGGAGGUGACACUGUUUAAGACAUGGUCGAGCGCAUUUGCUUUGAGGGUCGUUUGGGCACUGCAGCUCAAGGGCGUUCAAUACAAAUCCGUCCUGGAAGAUAUCUCCGACAAAAGCGAACUUCUUCUUCAUUAUAACCCAGUUUAUAAGAAGGUACCAGUGCUUCUCCACCAAGGGAGACCGAUCUCAGAGUCCCUGAUAAUUCUCGAGUAUGUCGACGAGACAUGGAAUCAAUACCCACUUCUCCCACAGGAUCCUUAUGCAAGGGCCAUGGUGCGAUUCUGGGCCAAGUUCGGUGACGACAAGAUUAUGCCAUCAAUAUGGACUGCUUUUAUAAGUGAAGGCAAAGAGCAAGAAGCAGCUCUUGCAGAGGCAAGUGAGCACUUGCAGAAGCUGGAAGAACAGCUUGAAGGGAGGAAAUUCUUCGGCGGAGACAACAUCGGAUAUCUGGACAUAGCACUUGGAUGGUUGGCCAAUCUACUUAGGGUCUUUGAGGACAUAUCCAGCCUCAAAGUGGUUGAUGGUGAGAGGUUUCCACUUCUAUUUGCAUGGUUGAGGGAGUUCUCAGAUGCUCCAAUAAUCAAAGAUUGUUGGCCACCCCAUGACAAGCUUAUCCCUAAGUUCAUUGCUCUUCGUCAAGUGUAUCGUGCGAAGUCAUCAACUUGA